GCGGUCUGGCGCCUCACUGUCCCAGUCGCGGCCGUGGACAUCCUCCGUGGCUUCGGUGCGGUCGGUGAUGAGCUCGGGAGGCGCCGACUGGAGCGACUGGCCGCGGGACGGGGUGAUCGGGCCCCUGACGCCCAUGGAGCCCAUUAAUCAUCGCACCGACUGGCGGGCCAAUGCGAUGGUGUCCAAGGUUCGCAAGAGCUGCACAGAGUACAAGGGUGCCAAGCGAGAGGACAACCUGCAGGCCUUCCAGGGCCUGUGGUCCUCCAUGUCCUUCCGCCGGCCCCGCGGGGUGGACGUGAUCCACGCGGCCGCCGUGGCUGCCCGCAAGCCCCGGCCCCAGCCCGCCCGCGGCUUCACCGAGCGGGGCGGCCCGGGACCCGCGGCGGCGCGGCGCACGCCGUAUGACAUCGCCAAGGAGUGCCCCUUCCUGCAGAAGCUAGAGGACCAGUUGCAGGGCUUCGUGCAAAUGCUGGUGGAGGAGGACGGCCUCAGCUUCCUGUCGGAGGUGGCGGGCCAGGUCCUGUACCGGGAGAAGGACAUGCUCUUCAAUGCCUACAUUUUGCUGGCGGGUUCCGUCCAGCAGUUCUCAAAUGACUACGACUUCCUAAACUCCGUGGGCUGGCGCGGCCAUGCCGAACAGACGGACAAGGCGGAGGAGGAGCGGCCGGAGCGGCCGAAGCGGCUGCACCGGCAGCCCACCAUGCGGUCGACCCAGCGCACGGCCGAGCAACACCUGAGCAUGCCGACGCUCACGGAGCACGUGCGGCAGGUGGGAAGGCGAGAGGAGGAUCAGGAGAUGAGGUUCCGGACGGUGGAGGGGCAGAGCGACUUCACUCAGGCUGUUUUGCUGGACGGCCGCUUGUUCGCCACCUGCGCGGGGUUUUUGGCGGACUCCUACGACCUCUUCACCAUCGACCUGGUGGUCCUGAUCUUGCAGAUCCAGUAUGGAGAAGAGCUUAUCUCUACAGGAGCCAAGUCGCUGAUGGUGAGCACCAUGCUCUUGGGCGUGGUCUGUGGCCAGCUCUUCUUUGGCUCCCUCAGCGAUUGGCUGGGCCGGAAGUGGGCCUUUGUGGCCACAGCCCUGCUCACCGUGCUCAGUGCCCUGGCAGGUGCUUUGUGCGUGGAUGGCGCCUGGCGGUUGCCGCAGCAGCUGGCGCUGUGCCGCUUCUUGCUGGGCUUCGGGGUGGGUGGCGAGUACCCGCUCUCCGCCACAGUUUCGGCGGAGUCCGUGGAUGACGCUCAAGGCCGCGGCCGUGUGAUGGCGCUGGUCUUGUCGAUGCAGGGCUUCGGGAUGAUGCUGGCCGCCCUGUUGGCAAUGGCACUGGCCAAGACCGCGUCGCUGGAGGCCACCUGGCGGCUGCUGCUGGCCUUCGGGGCUUUGCCCUCUGCCGUCGCCUUCGGACUACGGUGGCAGCUGCAGGAAUCGGAGGUCUUCAUCAAAUCCAAGGCGGUGGAGGGCGACCACGGCCGGCGAGUUCUGGAAACAUUGGCUGACUACUGGCCUCGGCUUGUGGGCACCGCGGGCGCUUGGAUGCUGCUGAACGUGUUCACCUACAGCCUGGGCUCCUUCAAGAGCAGCAUCUUCGAGCCGGGCCUGGGCGCCGCGAGCGCGGACGACGCCCCGCUCCCAGCGGGCUACCGGAAGGGGGGCAGAAAUGGGAAGCCAGCCGACUUCCUUAGGUUGUUUCGGCUUUGUCCGGCCCGUUGA